AUGGCGUCCUCUCAAGGAAGAAACAGAGGCCCCGGUCAGCAAUCUACGUUUGCAUUUCGGCUUAUUAAUCCAGAAUUAUUCAUCAAACCCGUGAGUAAACGUUAAAUUUAUAAUUUAAUGUUCUUAGAUAAGAUUUUUUUUGGUUGGGGGUUCAGUUUUUCGGGUCUUUUUCCUCCAAGCAAUUAAGGAAGUGCUCAGCUGAACCACGUCACCUUGAAACAGUUCUCAUUUUUACAGAAGUUUUAAAAUGAGACUCCCCGCCAACAAAACUUAGAUGUUACAAAACUAAAUCGUCUAAAAUUGAUCGUCAUGUUUACUGCUGCAGCUUUAAUGGGACUUCCAAUGCCCAUAAUCCCCGCUGGAAGUCCCUCCACAAGGGAGUUUGGAACAUCUCACGACUUUUUACCCAUUUCUCACUACUUUUGCCAGCUCUAGGUUAAGAAACUGGCAUUUUUUGUCUUUUGGGGGUUGGCAAGUGUGUAUAUAGGUAUACUGGUAUGUGCCACUGUGAAGGGUAUGGUUUUUUACUCUGGGAUAAGGUAAAGAAAUCAGAGAGUUUGGUUCUAGAAUAUGGAAUCAUUUUUCAAGAAACUGAUCACUUGGAUGAAGAUUUUGGUCUAGACUAGGGAAACAAGGAAUAAGCCCACAACUCAGCUUAAUAGCAAAGUAAGUGUUGACAUUGAUCUAGUAAUUAAUGGAAAACAGUGACUCAAGGAUAGGGAGAGAUUUUGGAAGUAAAGUCUAGUAUAGGGUAUCAAAAUUCAGCCAAAUUAGGUCUGGUAUGGGCUAAUGACACUGAGGUCCGAGCGACACAUCCCUAACCAAACUUUCCUAAAGUACCUCCCUUAAGCCCCUUCCCUCUCCUCCCUGUAGAUCAAAACUGAAUGUAAUUUUUUUUUUUUAACAAGACAGACAGAUGUUGUCGAAAAUUUGGGAAUAAGUUAUUUUCAGUUUCUCUCUAACUGUCAAUGAAAAGAAUUUUGAUAUUGUAACCAUCUAAACUUAUUCUAACUUACAUUUGAGUUCCAGUUAGACCUCAUAUUGAAGCUGUAAGUCAAACUCGUAAGUGUAUUUUUGUUGAAAGCCAGACCCAAACUGUGGUUCAUUUUCUCACUACGGGUCAAACCAGCUUGAAUUUAUGCAAUCUGGUUUCACUAUCAAAUUAAGUCUUUUAACUGAAACCAUGAUUUCACUUUUCAUAUUGCUGUUUUCUAACGCAACUCAAUAUUGUACAUUGUAGAACAAAGUGGUAAUGAUCAGUGGUACGGUGGCUAUUGUUGGCUGUGUUCUCUUUCUUGGGUACAUGAAUUUAACUGGAGGAAAAAAACAUACCGUGUCUGUGUCUGUGCAGAAUGGAAAGCCUGUGAAAAGCAAAUGGGACUGAUGUACCUGAUGGAUAAUAGACGUUAAGCUAUCCAAUUAUUUCAAGAGCAAAAGGAUACAAAUCCUGUGCCUGGAACUGUUACUCGUAGGUUCAAGAAAGCAGAUGCUGGCGUUAGCCUCUUGUCCUCCCAGCUUACAUUUUAUGGUUGAUAAAUACCUGUAAAAAGGCAAAAUAACUGUUUCUGGAUGGAAGUAGCAAGGAAAAUAUUUCAAAAGAAAAGCCCUUCUUCAUACCAUAAUAAUUAAUAAUGCCAAAAUAUUAUUUCAAGGGAACAUGAAGGAAAGCUUGUUUCAGUUUUGUAUUAAUAAUAAAGGCAACUAAGUUCAUAACCUUAUUAAAAAGUUGCCAUGUACAGUGUUUAUUUAGAUUUCUAACAGAGCCAUGUAUGGUUUAUACAUAAUUCACACUUAGAUCAUCUCUACUACUGUCUGGAUAAGCAGGCGCCCAUUGCUUGAAGAAAUGAAUCCACCACUGCUGCCUUUGCCUUGGCUUGACCCCGGGGGGGGGGGGGAGGCACUCCACAAAGUUUUAUACGGGGAAGCUCUGCCCUGGGGCUUCAGUGGUUACUUUGCCUUGUCCAACCCUUUAGCCUUUUAUAUACCAUUUUUGAGAGGAGAGUGCCCCUUUUGUACACGUUCUGUUGACAAAUGGUACCUCUUUUACAUACUAGUUAAGACUUUUACAUCCCUUUUAGCUACUGUAAAGGCACUGUAUUAAAAAUAU